UCCAUGAAAAAAAAAAAAUUUUUCUGAGAGCGAACCUCUGACCGUGCCCUGGUUAGUCUGGUGCGCUCUGCAAGGUGUUUUGUCAUAUUUUUUAUUUAUACUUCUAUACGAGUAGAUGAGAAUCAACGAAACCGUACUUUAAUUUAUUCGAUCAUAUUAAUUUUUAUUGUUUUUCAGUUUUCAUACCCAUACGUGAUACGAGUUAUUAACUUUUUAAGGCUAAUUUGUUUUUCGAGGAGCAUGAUUUCAAAUGCUUGCUUCUUUAUGUAGCUUUAUGUACAUUUUGAAGCUACCUUUUGUAGAUCUAGUAACUCUAGUUACAUUCUAAAUCUGGAAACUGACAUGCUUUCAGUAUGUUUGCAUCGCGAGCUUCUUCCGUUGCAGCCAGCCCGUCCUUGAUAUCUUUCUGCCGUUCUCUGGGCAUUCGCGUAGUAGGCUUCUGCCAUUGCGCAGCUGAUACUUCCAGUGCCAGCACAAGCAAUAUUAUCCCCAAACCACGCGCGCUAAUCGCCCCUUCAUCCAGCAUUUUUAGUCGGAGCAGAUCCAUUCCCGGUGAUUAUCAAUCCCAAUUUCGACAUUUUUCCACAACACCGCACCGUUUCAUCGGCGAAUACGAGCGCCUCGACCCGAAAUCCCCGGACGAUGUAGUGAACAUUGUGUUCAUCAAUAAGAAGGGCCAGAAGAUCCCGGUGCGCGGCAAAGUGGGGGAUAAUGCGCUGUUCUUAGCGCAUCGUCAUGAGAUUGAGAUGGAAGGCGCGUGUGAAGGUUCUUUAGCCUGCACCACCUGUCAUGUGUACGUCAGUCAUCCCUACGGCGAUAAACUACCCCCGGCCGUGGAGGAGGAGGAGGAUUUGCUGGAUAUGGCGCCGUUUCUCAAGGAGAAUUCCCGGCUGGGCUGUCAGAUUAAGCUGACCAAAGAACUGGAGGGAAUGGAGUUGACAUUGCCAGCGGCCACCCGGAAUUUCUAUGUUGAUGGGCAUGUGCCUGCGCCGCACUGAGGCGUCCACACACGGCGUGGAUGUCGUCGAUGUGGUUAGAGAGAGUCGAGAGACGAUGAUUUAUUUAUGUGACAAAUAUUGUGCUUGUAAUUCAGAGAAGGCUUUAUGGUUGGUACAUAAAUUUUGCCUUUCUGCGUGGCUUCGGUCGGGGUUACUUUGAGGAAUGAGAACGAUGUCUGGAAAAAAAGGAAUUUUCUUCUCGUGUAGCUGGUGAUUUGGUGUCGGGGGAUAUUUUGUGUUCGCAGUGAAAAUAAAAAAUUCGCAGAUGA